AAUAGUAAUGAAGUUGAUGCUGUUCAGACCAUUUCAUCUAAUAAACACAAUAGUGAUGAAGUUGAAAGUGAAGAAAAGGACCCGCUAUUGGAUUCUACAGACAGCAACAAAUCUGGCCCUGGAAGCAAUGGACAUAAUGGCGCUUCAAUAAUUUCAAGAAAACACAUUCCCGCCAGUCAACCUGUGAUGCCUGAGCCUGAGAAAUUUUUCCUACCUGAAAAGUACCGCACGGAUACAUCAACAGUCACAAUUCCAAUUAUCAGUGAUGUCUCACACCUGAUAGGUGACAAAGUGACAAAAGUUGGUAGACUGCUAGAUUUGAGAAAGGGUGAAAUAGAGAACAUUAAACAUGCACACAAAUCUAGUUUGGAAAAACAAAACUUUGAGGUACUUUACGCAUGGAUGCUAAAUAAGGGUCUUGAAGCUACUAAGAAAAGAUUAGCUGAAGUACUAAUCAAAAUUGGAAGGGCAAAAGACACAAUUCAAUAUAUAUGGCCAGAACUUCAACCUGCAACACCAUCAAGUCCGACACCAACAAGUCCAACCCCAACUAGUCCGACAGGUAUUGAUUGGAAAGGAACAAAUAAUGACUCAAGUUUUAGUUUUGACAGUUGUGUACUUCGUAAGAAGGAUUGGACCAAGGAUAAAACAUGGCGUAAUAUUACCCAAAAAUUAAGAGACAAUGACUCUACAAAUUUUGAUAAACUUAUUGGAGUUUGUCACUUACUAAAAAGUGAACUCCCAAAAAAUAGGGCUCUGAAAAAUUGUCUAAGUUCAAAGGGUAACUCAGACAUUGAGAUUGAUCCGUGCAUGAUCAAGGUCAUUGUGGAUGGUAAUUGCUUAUUUUUGGCAACAUCCAAAAUAGCAUUUGGCUCUGCGGAUCAUUGCUGCAAACUACGUCUACUUACUGUGAUUGAGCUCUGCUGUAAAAAGGAACAUUACCUAAAGCAAGAGGUACUUUUGCAGCGUAUGAAGGCAGUGUAUGAACUUCAAAAGAUGAGGGGUGAUAAUGUUUUCAAUGAUGCUACCAUACUAGCACUCUAUGAGAGUUGUGUCAGGGACACACUGAAAGAACAAUUCAGUUUAAAUGGAAAUUUAAUUCAAUUAUUUGGCUUAGCGUCUGUGCUGGGAUGUAACAUUCAGUCCGUCUAUCCUGCCAUAGGUGACACCAAAGAAAACCCAUUAAAUAUACUCAUCCAACCACGUGAUAAAAAUAUUGAGAACCUAAUAACAUCUGGUGCUAUUCCAGCUAAAGCAGCAGAAAUAUUCGAGGAUGACUUUAUAAAGACUUUCUCAAGAGAUUCAUCACAGCUGUUCCAAAUAGACCCAUCAGAAACAAUUAUUGAUGUCAAUGCAAUGAAGGAUGAAGAUUGUCUAUAUGUGCCAAAAUUUUCUGUUAGCAAGAAAGACUUACAGGAACUGAAUGGUUAUGAUUGGAUUAGUGAUAAAGUAAGAAUAUGA